AUGUUGUCGCCCGUUUGGUGACACGGAGUUUGAGAAACACUUGCAACUCUGAAACCCUAGAGAUAUUGCAGAGGGAGUGUCAGAAGACUCAGAAAUGCUCGUGCUAUGGAGAGAGUAGUGGUGAAGAACGAACCAAACCAAUUGGCAAUGGUGAAGGAGCGCGUACCAGAGUGGCUCAACAACUCUCUGUGGUCUUCAAAUCUUCCAGCUAACGACGAUCGUCUCCUCCGAUACUCUGCCAAACCUUCCACCGUUCCCGAACCAUCCAUCGAACCACCGAUUCCAGAGCCUCCUCCCAAACCCCAAGAAGUAGAAGAAGAAAAACCGCCUGCCCGGGAAACUAGAGAUUCUGCACGCGACGAUGAACGCAGCUCUCCGAGUGUCUCAGCGGAGGAUAUUUCUCGCCAGUCCCAGCUCUUAGCCGAGCUCUCGAGGAAGAUUAUUAAUUUGCGCGAGUUGCGGAGAUUGUCAUCGCAGGGGAUACCUGAUGGGGCUGGAAUCCGUCCUACUGUUUGGAAGAUCCUACUGGGGUAUUUGCCGUGUGAUCGCAGCUUGUGGGCAACAGAGCUGUCUAAGAAGCGCUCUCAGUACAAGCAUUUCAAAGAAGAACUUCUGGUGAAUCCUUCAGAUAUCACAAGGAUGUUGGACAAAUCUGCUGGUCUUGAAAGUGAUGAUUCAAAAUGUGAACGUAGAGGCCUGCUUCCGAGAUCUGAAAUUCCUCAAGGAGAGCAUCCAUUAAGCCUUGGAAAGACCAGCAUUUGGAAUCAAUUCUUCCAGGACACAGAGAUCAUAGAGCAAAUUGACCGUGAUGUGAAGCGCACUCAUCCAGACAUGCACUUUUUCUCAGGGGACUCUUCCUUUGCAAGGUCAAAUCAGGAAGCUCUAAGAAUCAUAUUGAUAGUGUUUGCCAAGUUGAAUCCAGGUAUAAGAUAUGUACAGGGGAUGAAUGAAGUUUUGGCACCUUUGUUCUAUGUAUUCAAGAAUGACCCAGAUGAGGAAAAUGCGGUCUAUGCAGAAGAAGACACAUUUUUUUGUUUCGUUGAGUUGUUAAGUGGGUUCCGUGACAAUUUUUGUCAGCAACUUGACAACAGUGUUGUUGGUAUCCGUUCCACAAUUACAAAGCUGUCAAAGCUUUUGAAGGAGCACGACGAAGAGCUUUGGCGUCAUCUUGAGAUCACAACCAAAAUCAAUCCACAAUUCUAUGCAUUUAGAUGGAUAACUCUCCUGUUGACUCAGGAAUUCAAUUUCGCAGACAGCCUUCAUAUUUGGGACACACUUUUGAGUGACCCUGAGGGUCCUCAGGAAACCCUGCUCAGAGUAUGUUGUGCCAUGCUGAUUCUCAUCCGGAGGCGUCUAGUUGCGGGUGAUUUCACUUCAAAUCUCAAGCUUCUCCAGAACUACCCAUCCACAAAUAUCGGUCAUCUCCUCUAUGUUGCUGACAAGUUGCGUGCACGAUCUGUUGAAUAAUUUCUAUAACCAUUUUUAUUUGUCAAGUUAAUUUUUAACUCCCACCCAUCUUUUCUGUAUUCUAAAUUUGAUGUCUGUAAAAUUCACUAUCUGUAAACAGGUUUAAAUUAUCCACUUAAGGUUGAGAGAAAAUGGUUUGCCAUAGUGUUUUCAUUCCCUUUCUUCUCUAAAUGUCACAAA